AUGCCCUCAACGAUAGCAUACGACCCUAGCCUUGUGCUUGCAAAUGUUGUCAGCCUCCCUGCUCUGAAACUGGUAGACGAAAUCUCGAAAGCCCAAGCCCCUAUCGAUGCGGCCGAGGAGACCCUCAACGCUUUGUUGACCUCCAAACGAAGUUUUGACAUGACCAAGACCGAGCUUACUAAUCUAAAGAUCGAGGCAAAAGACCUCGACGCUGCGGUAGAAGAUUUGAAGAAGCAGAUUGACGCCGCAGGAGUUGAUUUCGCCAAAAAAAAUGUGGAAAGUCCAGUCGAUUAUGUUAAAACAGAAAUCAAGACGUUGCCACUUGCUGCAGAUACCAUCAAUAUGGACGUGCAAUACUUCUCCAUGGACCAAAACCAGGAGAGUUCAGGAACUUACGCAACUGAUAUAGCCGCUUUCGCAUCACGCUCAGCAAGCUUCUUGGGUGCGAAGACGCAGACCGAAAUCUCGGGGCUAGCCAAGAAACAAGCAACCUCGCAAAGCAAGAAGCAUAGCUUGGCUGGUACGCUCGUGAUCUCUGUCUCCUGCACACACAAGAAUGCCUCUGUUCUGGCCCCAUUCGCACUCAACGUGGACAAGGGAAUAAGUGUCUGGAACAGUCUCUUUAAGGAAAAAGAAGAAAAACUCGACCCCACAAACUACAAGGCCAUGUCAGAAAUAGCGAAAAAGGGCGAGGACGCUAGCACAAAGAAAUACAGUAUCCUUUCAGGCACGACUUUUGGUUCCAGUUUUGUCGGCAUGGUACACAUUCUGAACUCUACUGAUACCUCCAUCAGUCAGAGCCUAUCAUCUGUCGUCGGUUCCCUACAGGCUCAGAUGGACGCUGGCUCAUGGCUCGAGAAACAAUCAGGAGGAUUUGGUGUGAACACCAGCAUCGGAAACGAAGUCAAGAAUCUUCUUAGCUCACAGAAUAUUACCUCGCACGUCACCAUGAUCUGUAUGGGAGUCAUACCCUCAAUGGUCGCCAACGACGUCAAGCUGGGCGUUGACAAAUUUGCCCAAUUCGACCCAGCAUCAAGCAUGGCGGCAAUCGCGACCAUUCAGAAUGCGACCGCCACCGACCAGGACAGUGUCAAAGCAGCCGCUGAAUCUGCACGAACCGGUAAGCAAAUGAUAUCCAUGAAAACAAGCGAGAUCAAAUCUGCACUGUCCGCCCUUGGCGAAAUCGAUGACGGCGCCAACAAAGUAUUCGACAUCAACUCGAUGAUGACGGCACUGGAUGAUUACUUGAAGAAAGCCGCCGGAGGGACAGCAGGGGUGCCGAUCAAUUACUACUUGAAAGAUAUUACAAAGAAUAUGCUGGCGGAGAUGUGGGUCGCGAAAUAUUUUCCCGGCCAAUACAUGGCAAUCCAGCACGACGACGUCCCUCCAGCUAACCCAGCCAAACCAGCCGCUCCAAAGACAGAUGGUGCUGCAUGA